AUGACUUCGAGGCUGCCCUGGCGUGUUUGGUGCCCUGAGGUUGGGGGCUGCUUGGUUGCAUUGGGACGCGGUGAAUGGUGGGUUUUUAGGUGCUGGCUGCUGGCUGCUGGCUGCUGGCUGCUGGCUGCUGGCUGGCUCUGUUGCUGGGUGUGGGUGGUCACUGCUUUCGCAGGUGCACUUUGUGAGCGGACCAAUUCUGAAUCGACAAAAUCUGGCCCAGGGUGUGUGUGUCUGUCUUUGCCUCGCUUCCCUUCGACAAUCCGCACUUGGCUCUCCUGCCACUUCCUACCGACAACAUCGGCUCGAUCUCAUCUUCCCGGAUCGCAUCUCGAUUCGAUUCGACUCUCCCCCAACCCCCGACCGCUUUUUGACCAACGACCUGACUAUCGUCGACUCGACCCCCCCAUUUUGCCCCGACGUCUUGUCCCUCGCACAGUCAAAACCACUCUUCUCAGUGAUUUGAACCGGGCUGCCGCUGGUGACGCGACCCGUCGCCAAAUUUCUUCCAACCACCACACCACAUUCACACUCUCAGCAAUGUCUGAGGUACAGAGCAGGCCAUCUGCCCCGCGCGGCAGGGGCUCCGCCCGCGGCGGUCGCGGCGGCUUCUCAACUCGGGGAGGAGGUCGCACCGCUGCCCGUUCUGCUGGUACUAAUGGCACCACGCAACACGACACAGAAUCAUCUUCGCCAGCCCUGGAGGACGAGGGCGAGAUUAGCGAACUCCGCAAGCUCUACGGCCAGCACAUUGUCAACAUCAAGAACAUCGUGUCCGACUGGACCGAUGCUGAUAUCCUCUACGCUCUCCGCGAGACGGACGGCGACCCGGAUGAGGCUGCCUUCAAGAUUCUGGACGGCACUUUCUCCAAGUGGAACGAGGUUUCGAAGCCCGUGAAGACCAAGGCUAAGAAUGACACAUUCACCACAACGACUGCCGAUUCUGGCGCUGCCGGCGGCCUACGGAACGCAAGAGGUGGCCGUGUCGAAGGUGGCCGUGGUCGUGGCAGAGCGACCGAGCGCGGCGGUCGUGGAGGCGGUCGCGGAAAGUCGAUCCACCCUUCGACCAACGGUCCCCGUGUCAAGGAGAACCAGCCUCUCUCUGUCCCAACUGAGGAAUCUAACGAAUGGGAUACCUCUGCCCCGACUGCCGAAUCUAACGAAUGGACCGAGUCCACCCCCGCCGAAUCUGCUCCUGCUCCCGCCGCCGUUGAACCUACCCCUGCCGCUGCCCCCGCAAAGCCCUCUACCGAUGCCCCAAAGACAUGGGCCAGCAUGUUGAGACAGUCGACCACUCCUAAGCCUGCCCCUAAGCCUAAGGAAGUACCUGCUCCCCCUCCCGCCGAACCUACUCCCGUCAUUGAGCCACUUCCCCCCGCUCCCGCCGAGCCCGAGGCCGUACCCGAGCCCGAGAUUGCUGCGCCAGUCGAAGAGAAGGAAGAGCCUGUUCCCGAACCUGUCCAGGAGGAGCAGCCCGCUGUUGUUGUUCCUGUCAUUGAGCCAGUCAUUCCUGUUGUUCCCGUCGUACCCGCUGUUGCCAUUCCCGAAGUUGCCUUGUCACCUUCCAAGGACGCGCUUACGGAUGAGAACCUCGACAAGGUCCCUGGCACAACCGAGCCCCCAGCGACCGAGACCGCGAGAAGUGAAGCUGCCGACUCUUGGGAUCCCAGAGCCGCUGGCAGCGCUACAGCAACUCCCUUGUCUGCUUCCCAGCAACAGCACCAGGCCGAGCGCACUCCCAGCAGUGGCUUCGCCGCGACUGCGACCAAGGCGACAACUCGCACCCCAGCUUUCCCCCGUCGUGUUUUGGAUCAGCUCGAGGCCGUUCGCAUGCCCGGCAACCGUGCCGAGGUCGAACGUACUACUGUCCAGUUUGGUGCUUUCAGCCUGAAUGGUGGCAUUGAGGACGACAUUGAUGGCGAUCGUGAAGAGCCUGAGACCCGUCCCCAGCCCCCCCAGGAUUCUCCUGUUGCCCAACCCAGAGCUUCGCUUCCCCCUGUUCAGCCCCCAGCGGCUCCAGAGAGCUUCCCUACCCCUACCCAGAAGCCUGUUUCCCAGGUUCCAACAGGUCCUGCUGGUAUGGCUUCUCAGACUUCCCCUGCUGUCUUGUCUUGGUUACUUGCUGACACAAAUCUAGCCGCUGCUCCUGCCGCGGUCCCUGCCAUCACCCCAGUUGCCGCCCCAGGUAUGCCCAUCUCACUUGCAUCACAGACGAGGAACAUGUUUCUAACCGACAUAAACAACACAGCUCCCCAGCCGACCGCGCAACACAACCAGCAGCAGUAUGGUCGCUUUGGCCAACAGACUGCCGCUCAAGAGCACAGCUCCUUCCCUCCCUCGAAGCCUUUCGAUUCGUUCGGUCAGCAGCAGCCCGCCGCUGCCUCCACUCAAUCGCAGUUCGAGGGCGGCUUCCAAGGGCAGACGCAGCCUGCUGCCCAAACCCAGAACCAGCAGCAAGCGUUUAGCUCUGCUCCCAACGAUUAUCCAUCUUACUACACAUCUGGCGACCAAAGAGGUUUCUAUGGUGGCUAUAACUACAACCAACAGCAGGGCUCUCAGGACGGCCCCUCUUCGCAAGCCCAGCGUUUCGGUGGAUAUGGCACCACCCAGACUGAUAACAUCAGCCAGUACCCCCAGAGCGGUGCCCAACACGGCCAAUCCCGCUUCGGUUCUGGCUCCGCUCCCUCUGCGGAAACACCAACCACUACGGCUCCUGCUACGUCGGCGUCGUCGGCUCUUCCCCAGGCCGGCCAGACUAGCCAGACUCAACAUGGUCAGCAGCCUCAGCCCGAUCAAUAUCCCUACCACCCUUACUCCAACAGCCCUUACUAUGGUGGGUACAUGGGCGGAUAUGGACAGUACGGUCAGGGCGGCUAUGCUCCCUACGGCAAGGGCAAUGUGGGAUAUCAGCCCAACCAAUACGGUGUUGCGUCGCAGGGACCUUAUGGCUACUCCAACCCUAGCGCUGGCUUUGGCCAGUCUGCUCUUCACCGGGAGACCGGUGGCGCUGCUGCGGGCGCUGGUGCUGGUCUUGGCGAUUACGGUCGUGCGGGAUCUCAGUCGGCUCAGCAGCAAUCUGGAUUUGGUGGCAUGCAUGAUGCCUUCAGCCGCGGUGCUUCUGGCUACCAGUCCCAGGCUGCGUCGUUCAACGCUCCCGGCACUCAGCCCGGCGCUGUCCCCUCUGCUGUCGACGACAUUAAGUCCUUCGGAGAUGCCAAGGGCGCUGCCGGACCCAGCCCCUCUCUCGGCGUCGCUGCCCGACCCGGCUCCGCGGCGAACAACGGCCCAUCUCAGUCUGGGCUUCCUCCUCCGCAAUCUGCCCAGCAGACCAACCUGGGCGGUAUGGGUCAAUACGGCUAUCCCGGUCACAUGCAGCAGGGCCAUGCUGGCCUCCACGGCAGCCACACGGCCGCUGGUGGCUACGGCAUGAGCGCGACUGGCGGACAGAGCCAGCAGAGCUCGUACGGCUAUGGUAACCAGGGCUUCGGCGGCGGUUACUACGGCGGAAACUCUCAGCCCCGUGGUUGGGGUAACAACUACCACCACUAA